AUGGAAAAAAGUGCAUCAAAAAUUGUUACAUCUUAUAAAGCAAGUUUCUUCCGUCAGAUACCUAGCACAGUGGCUGGGGAUCAGCUAGUAACUGGAAUACGUGGCAUGGUCAUUUUUGAAGAUGGACGAUUGAUAAUUAUAGACAACAAAAACAGAUGCCUUAAAAUAUUUUCCCCACCAUGGUACGACUUUGUUCUUCGACAUUCGUUCAGUGACGAACCACGAGGAGUAUCUAUUUCUGGAAAAGACGAAGUUGCUAUUACCUUUCCAGAUAAACGAGAAGUUCGUCGAUUUAUUAUCAAUAAAGAAAACAAGAUUUCUUCUCUGAAAACGUUUACAGUGAGAGAAAAGCCAUUUAGUAUCUCUCACAGCAAGGACACUUUUGCCAUUGAAAUGGGAGAGGGAAUCGAUGGAUGUGUAAUUAUAACCGAUAUGGUUGGAACAUUAAUACACUUAAUUUCUGGAAUCAGGAGAAAUUUUGGCCAGUUCAAUGGAAAUACUAUUCGUUUAACUCAUGAACAUAAAACAUCUACUGUCUAUGUAGUCGAUCUGCAAACUGAAUGUAUUCAUUCGUUGAAUUAUGAUGGCAAUGUAAGAUGGACAGUUAAAGUCAAUAGUCCAAGGGGUAUCGAUGUAUGUGAAGAUAUAUUAUUCAUCGCCACUAAAUCUGAUAAUUCGAUAAUUCAAAUGAGAGCAGAUGAUGGCACUUACACCCCUCUUUUGACAAACAAAGAUGAUAUUAAUCAGCCAAGGUUUAUAUGUCAUCAACUGCAGGCAAAGAAACUUGCUGUAGAAGUUGGGGGUAACAUUGUGAAUGUGUACCAAUGCUCGAAAAAAUGA